AUGGCGCGGGCCCCUGGCACCCUCCUGCACGGUGUGAGGCUCUUCCGGGCGGCCGUGUGGAUCUGCGCGCGCACCGGGGGGCUUCGGCGGCGGGCCGGCGGCGCGCCUCCCUCCGGCCGCGUCCCUCCGCGCGCCGCGGCGCGAUGCGGCGUCCUUGCGUCGGCCUCCGGCGGUGCCUGCGGCCCCGCGCGCGCCCAGCGGCCGGGCGAGUACUGCCACGGCUGGGUGGACGCGCAGGGCCGCUACCACGAGGGCUUCCAGUGCCCGGAGGACUUCGACACGCCGGACGCCACCAUCUGCUGCGGCUCCUGUGCGCUGCGCUACUGCUGCGCCGCGGCCGACGCCCGGCUGGAGCAGGGCGGCUGCACCAACGACCGCGGCGGGCUGGAGCUCCCCGGCGUCACGGCGCAGCCAGUCUACGUGCCCUUCCUCAUCGUGGGCUCCAUCUUCAUCGCCUUCAUCAUCCUGGGCUCUGUGGUGGCCAUCUACUGCUGCACCUGCCUGAGGCCCAAGGAGCCGUCCCAGCAGCCCAUCCGCUUCUCGCUGCGCGGCUACCAGGCAGAGACGCUGCCCAUGAUCCUGACCUCCGCCAGCCCCAGGGCCCCGUCCCGGCAGUCCAGCACGGCCACCAGCUCCAGCUCCACCGGCGGCUCCACCCGCAGGUUCUCCUUCGCCCGGGCAGAGCCUGGGGGCCUGGCGCCCUCCCCGCCCCCACCUUACUCCACCGGCCACCCCCCGAGCCACCCGGCUCAGCCGCCACCACCCGGCUUCCUGAUGUCACACCAGUAUUUCGGGUACCCGGUCCAGCAGGAGCCCCCGCUGCCCGGCAAGAGCGGCCCGGACUUCGGCUCCGGCUGACGGGCUGGGGCCCCAAAUCCGCCACGGAGGGGAAGCCACCGCUCCCAUUGCCGUGAGACUCCCUGGGAAAAGUCCCUUGUCACCGGUCGGUCGAUCCCUGUCCCCGAGGAAGGAACUGUGCUGGGGAAAUUCGAUGCCUUGUCUCGUCUUACUACAGUGUCUGGCUCCAGUCGCAGAAUGCCUCAGUUGGAGAAUUGGCUUUUGUUUUUGGCUUUGUAAACAUAGGGACCACCGUCACAUUUCAAUUUAUGCUCCUUUAUAUUCGAAAUGGGCAGCCAGGUUGCCUUUUACAGUUGCAAAUGGAUGGGCUGCGGAUGUUCUGCUGGACAGUUCAGCCACACCGUUUAGAAAAGGGCCACGUGUUCAUUUCUCACCGGAGCUGUUUAUUGAGUGUGACAGAAAUAUACACACACAGAUAAGCAAAGAAAGACGCCUAAUUGCAAUCCUCAGAGGGUCGCUUAAAAAUUAAGUACUGAACAACCUAUUUAUGAUUUGGGGAGUAACCUAACCUUGAAUAAUAUUAGCAUAAUGAGAACAUUUACUUUCUAAAUAACUAAAUUUUGUUUAAGAUAUGAGGUGUUUUUUUGUGUUUUUUUUUUUUUCCGAAAUACAAGCUUUCAGUUAACCACAUGAGGAGUUUAAACCUAUACUCGUUCGUCGUAACACAGAUUCUGUGUGGAGUCAUUCCCCCCACCUGCCUGAGGGAAUAUUUAUUGCAGACUUUUGUUGUUGUCGUUGUUCAGCAACGUUUAGUGUUUUGAUGAGAGUUGGACGGUAGGGUCUCAAAACACUUAUUUGUAAAAUGAGUUGUGUACAAAUGUAAAGAUUUGUAAUUUAAUGUAUUUACCGCAUCGACUGUACUAAUUACUCAGUAGCCACGCUGUCAUUUUUAUGUUCAUAAUAAUGGUGGUGUUCAAAGUCCAGCUAUGGGUGUAAUCAUCAUCUAAUAUUACCUAUCUCCAGUGCCCCAGAAUUCUGUGUCCGACGAUGACAUAUUUGGGGGCCCAUACUCUGCUGGGUUAGAAGAAAUAAAAUACUUUUAUGUUUCCGUAAACUCUAUUUGAAAUUCUACAUCAACGUGCUUCAUUUGAUCUCUUUGGUGGUUUUCUUUUGCUGUGUAAUCAAAGGGAAUGUCUUUACUUAAACGCACACUUUCUAUUUGGACAUUGAAGAAACAUUUUCUGCAUCCAGGCUUGCCAAGGCAGCAGAGGAGGUGAACUGUCACAGAGGUCUCAGGUCUCAGAUGUCUCAUGUGGCCUGCAGAGACUUAGCCACUUGGGUCCGGCGAUCACCGGCCACGACGCCUCGCCCACAGCCGGCACUCACAGUCCACACGGCGGUCUGUG